AUGGGAUCGCGAGUGAGUCAAGUGCAAGAGAAGAUACCUAUUAGUUCGUUGAAUACAUCUUAUGCAUCGAAAGAAGAAUCAGUUCAAUCAAUAUAUGCACAAAUCAAGCAGAUUGUAUGUGAUGAAAAAGAGGAUGGACGUAAGGAGUCAGAUCAAUGGGAAAUCAUUGCUGCAAAACUCCAGUCUUCUGCAUAUAAAGGACGCGAAAAGGAAGUAUUUGAAAAAAUCGAUGAGCAAGAUAGCUAUGCAUUACUUCACCACGCUGUUCUUUCAAACAGACUAUGGAUUUGUCAAAAACUGAUUAACAAAUAUAAAUGCGAUGUCAAUUUGAUCGGAUGUGAUGGACAAACACCACUACAUCUUUCUGCACGCUCGCCUGAAAUUAAAUCAAAUACGGACGAAACUACCAACACAUCGACAACAUCGGAAGAUACAAUUUUUCAUUAUUUGUUAAAACAUCCUGAUAUUGAUAUUUAUAUUCAAGAUAAGCAAAAACGAACAGCGUUACACUAUGCAAUCAUGCGAGGACGCGUUGGAAAUGUCAAAGCAUUAAUAGAAAAGUAUAAAUCGAACAAAAUACUUGAGAUAUGCGAUAUUCAAGGUGCUUUACCAAUUCAUUAUGCGUUUCGUUUUUUAAGCGAGACAACGGAUCUUUCACAAUUUAAUGAGCCUAAAUCCUGGUUUGAUAAAAAGACCGAUGGUGGAAAACGGCCAAUAGAUCUUGCUGCUGAAUACGGUAAUCUCGGUAUCGUUCAAAAAUAUUUGUGUAAAGAUGGUCAAAGAGAUUCAGAUUUAAUGCAAGCAGCUCUUCGUCAUUCAGACAAGACUGUCUUUGAUUUUCUUCUUAGAAAAGAAACAAUAAACGCUCAAACUCCUGAGAGAUUACUUCACUCUGCUUGUCGAGAACGACAUGGACACAAAUCGAUAUCUUGUUUCUCAAUUACGAACGCUCAAUUGCAAGAACAAGAUGGAGCGGGAUUCACUCCAUUGAUGGUGGCCGUAAAAAAUCGUCGUUUAGAAUGUGUUAUAGCACUACUGGAAACAGGACAAUGUGAUGAGAAGGUUCUCAAUGCAUGUAGUUCCAAUAACAGGUGUACAGUACUUCAUAUUUGUGCAGAAAUACUACACAAAGAGAUCACCGAUAAUCUGUUUCAAACACUUGUAAAGUUAAAGAAUUAUAGAGAUAUAUUAGUCUCACAAGACAUUAGUGGUGAUACACCUUUACAUAUUUGCGCGAAAACAGGCAACGAUCAUAUGUGUGAAAAGUUGUUAGAUCUCUAUAGUACGUUACGUAGAAGUAAUCCGGGAAAGAUACCAAUGUGGUGCUUGGCAAAUUACAAUAAACUUACAGCUUUUCAAGAAGCAAUUAAUAACGACCAAUCACGUGUGGUGAAAAAAAUGUUGAAAUUCAAAUGUAUACCUAGAUCGGAGAAAUGGACAUCAAUGUUAUGCGCUACAGACGCACAAUUGAGUACAAACUUACAUAUAGCAGCAUUGCACGGCAAUGCUAAAAUGGUAAAGGAACUUAUUCGAAAAAAUCUGGACGUAAAUGCAUUUGAUAUGAAUGAUAAUACACCAUUACAUAACGUAGUUUCUUCUUAUAAUGACGAUGACAAGGAUAUUGAAUGUAGAAUUAAAUGUGUCAAGUAUUUAAUCAAAAACAAUGCGGAUGUUAAUUCGUAUAAUAUUCGGCGAGAGACACCAUUACAUAUUGCAUCAAAAUAUGGAUCAUAUAGAUUUGUUCAAGUCUUACUUAAGUAUCACGCGGAUUUGUUGGUGACAGAUAUAGAUGGUUUGAAUUGUCUGGAAGUCGCAAUAGAAGAAAAGAAUAAAGAAGUUGUCAAAUAUUUUAUUGAACACAAGCGAAUAUUUGAAAUGAUGCGUAAUGCACAAAUAAAAUCGUAUGGAACUGAGGAGACCAUAAGAAAUGCUAUCGAAGAAAACAAAGACAAAGCUAAAGAGGCUGAUGCAUACACAUCGAAUUAUAAGACGAUUGUCGAAAAUCAUCCGUUAUUUUUAAUGGCUCUACACAAUAAAAUGAAGUUAAUGGCAGAUCCAUUGAGUCGAAGUUUGGCAGAUAUUAAAUAUAAAAAGUUUGGACGGUGGAUUUUUUGGGCCAGUUUCAUACUUUACAUUGCUUUUAUUUCUCUGUUUACAAUCCUUGCCGAACGAAUUGAUCAUCCACAGCAGUAUUACGCCGAAACAAACACUACUUUCGAUACUAAAUCAUAUCGUCUUUAUAAAAUUAAUUUAUAUUGGAUCAUCGCUAUUCUUCUCGUAAAAAAUUUAUGGAUAAUUGCAGGUUUCUUAUGGAUUUAUCCAAAAAAGAUAUUAAUAUUUACAUUCGAAAUUGGAGCACUCGUGUUAAGUAUUAUAUUCAUUUUUGAUGCUCAUUAUCAAGAAGGAGUUCUCAUGAGAUGUCCCACACAAUGGCAAUAUGGUGUAUUUGGAUUGUUUAUCGGUUAUUUAGGCUUAUUAUAUUAUAUUCAGUAUAUUCAUCUUAUUGGUAUCUAUGCGAUUAUGGUUAAGAUUAUUAUUGUUCAAUUUACUUUUUUUCUGCCUGUUUUAUCGUGUUUUAUUGUUGGUUUUGGAAUAGCUUUCCAUAUGCUUUUUAAAUAUAAAGAAGCAUUUAAUAACUUUUCGAUUCGUACAUUAACUGAAAUGGUAAUAAUGAUCACUGGCGAGUUAAAUUUCUCUGAAGUCAUGUUUGACGAAAACGAUUCAACCAAACCGUAUUACAAAAUAAGUUUUCUCAUGUUUCUUUUAUUUACUAUUGGUAUGGUAAUUCUAAUCUCAAAUCUUCUAAUAAGUUUGGCUGUUGGAGAAAUUGUACCAUUGAUGAAUCAAGCCAAAGGAGCCCAAAUUGAUAUGUACUUUGAACUUAUAGCUGAUUAUGAAAUUCUUCGACUACAGUUGUACGCAUUGUUUUGUAAAACUUUACGUACUAUCAUCUUACCAGAUCCAUACAAAUUGUAUCAAUCUUGUGAUAUGAAAAAACCUCCAUGCAGGGAGACAAUUACUAAGAAGAUAAUAGAUUUUUUUACACAGACAACUUAUAUUGAAGAAAAGAUCUUUGAAGCUUAUGAGGAUGAAGAUAAAACUGACAAACAAACAAAAAUUCUAUUUGAAAUUCGAAAUGAAUUGAAACAUCCUCAACAAGUCAACAAAACAAAGACUUCAACAUUCAAUAAAAAAACUGUCAGUCCGAAUUCUAAGAAGAAUUGA